AUAUCCGCUAACUUGAAUAGGAUAUUGUUGAUCCUGACCGUCGUUUCAUUUAUUCCCCAAAUUCUUCGCAUCUGGACCAAGAAGAACAUCAAAGGGAUCUCUUCGUUCUAUAUCUUGUUCAACUUGAUAAGCGCUACUGAGCAACUCACCAUCUAUAUCUAUCUACUUUUUAACGAAUAUGAUCCUAAGGGUGGCACCAUCUUCCUACACACACCUCCUAGCGCAGGGGACUGGUUUAGUCUGUGUCACUGUGCCAUCGUCUCGAUCCUUUCUUUUGCCUUAUUUGUGCUAGUCCUCUACUACAGCGAGUAUAGGUUCUGCCUAAGCGCUGGGUACACUGGCUUUCUCUUAGUCUCAAUUAUCCCGCUUGUAAUCGACGCUAUCUUUGAUUUCGAUGAUGAGGGUCGGAGAUGGCUUUCAGCCGUUUAUUUCGCCCUGCAUUUCUUCUUACUUUACCAGAUCAUCACAAUCCUCGGCGUUCUAGCUAUCUGGCGUCAAGCUCGUGAGAUACGUGCAGUGCCGUUUCCCAAUGCAUUAAGUUUGCAAAGCUUGUGUUCUCAAGCAGUCGUGUUCACACUUCUGACGGCAGCGUGGAUCUGGAGCCUUCCAUUCCCAUAUGAUAAGCUACAGGGACAUUGGAACUGGAAUACAUUUUCCAUAUGGUAUGGCGCUAUCGGUUGGGUCAUCGUGGAUAACUUUAUUUUCGCCGUGGGCCAGGCGGCGCUCUUUGUAAUGGCCAUGCGCUGCUCAUCCGCAGGUAACGACAUACGGCGUGGACGCGAAACAGAGCCGCUUUUAGGGUGA